UUUUAUAUGUAACUAUAUAUUUAAAUACUGCAUAAUAAUAAUUUAUAUGAUCUAUUUGAAAAAUAAAAUAUUUAUUAUUAUAUGUAUAAAUGAAAUCACCUUGAAUUAUUUCAUUAAAAAUCCAAAUCUUUACUGACAUGCGUACUUAUGUAUAUUCGAUGUGUAUAUAUUCGACAACCUUCAUGUUUCUCAUUGCUACAUUUCAACGGAACUUGCGUUUCUCAGGAAUACACAUAUAUUAAAAAAUAUAUUGAGUUUAAAUAAAAUUUGUUCAAUAUCAAAUAGUAAAGAAUUAAUACUAUAAAACAUGUCAGACCCAGAACUUGAAGCAAUACGACAACAACGUUUAGCUCAGUUGCAAUCCCAAUAUAAGAAUAAUAAUGCAGAAAAUAAACAAGCAAUGGAAGAAAAAAUACAACAAAUGGAAGAUAUGAGAAAUUCUAUUCUUAGUCAAGUAUUAGAUCAAUCAGCUAGAGCAAGAUUAAAUACAUUAUGUCUUGGUAAACCUGAAAAAGGAAAGAUGGUAGAAGAUAUGAUAUUAAAUAUGGCUCAACGAGGUCAAUUACCUGGUAAAUUAGGGGAAAAAGAACUUAUCAGUUUACUUGAAAGUGUAAAUCAACAAACACAAAGAAAAACUGUUGUGAAGUUUGACAGACGAAGAGCAGCAUUGGAUUCUGAUGAUGAUUUAUAGCACCUAUAUACAAUUAUAUGGUUUGUUAAAGAUAACAUAAUAUUCUUUAUCUAAUUUUUGAACAAAAAUUAAGAUUAUAAUAUUACUGUACGCUUAAUUAGUCAUACAUUUUUAUUUUUUAUGAUAUAUUGAAAUAAAAAUUAAAAUCUAAUAUUAAUACUUAUUUUAAUCCAGCUCAUGUUUUUAAAUUCAACAUUCCAUUCUUUUAUUAAUAUUCUUAAUGCUGUAAAUUUGAAAUGUUAUCUCUUUUUAUUAAGUAUAGGUAAAAAUA